UGAGGUUGAUCAACCACAUGUCCACAUGGAACUACAGGAACCACAUCUUGUCAAUUGUCAAAUAACAAAUAACAACUUUACUGUUUACAAUAAUAUAGCAACAACUUAAUAUAACAAUGAGUGAAAAUAAUAGCUCAAGUAGCAUAAAUAUAUGCAAAAUAUGUAACAAUGGUCGAGCAAUUUAUACAUGUCCAAGAUGCUCAGUGUGUUAUUGUUCAGUUGAUUGUUAUAAAUCAACUUCACAUAUGGAUUGUUCAGAAGAAUUUUACAAAGAAUGUGUUGAGCUAGAAUUAAAAAAUCCUGUUAAUCAAAAUGAUAAAAAUAAAAUGGAAGAAAUAUUAAAAAGAGUUUAUCAAUCAGAUGGUUCUUAUCCUGAUGACAGAAGUGAAGAUAAUGAUGAUGGUUCUGAUGUUGAUUCUGACGACGAUGACGAGCUACCUGAUCUUGCUGAAAGAAUAAAAAAUAUUGAUUUAAAUAAUGCUGAUGAACUUUGGGCUGUAUUAUCAGAAUCUGAACGUCAAGAGUUCGAAGCUAUUAUUAAAAAUGGAGAAGAAGAUAAAAUAUUGCCAUUGUGGGAGCCAUGGUGGACAAAAGUUGAUGAAAAAAAACUUGUUGAAGUUGUUGAUGAAUCAAAUGAUACUGAGAAAAAAUUAAAUAAUAAUUUACCAGUUGUCAUGAACAUACCAGUCAUUGAAUCAUUAGAGAAAGCAUCACCACUUGUUGCAUAUAAUUUGUUGAACGUAUUGAGUUCUUACAUAUGCACUGUACUUCAUUACAAUGGUGAACAUCAAAAUUCACCAGAUGAUGCUGUCAUCAUGUUUCUGGAAUUAAAUGACAAUAUAAAAAACAAUAAAGUAUUUGACGAUUCAAGAACAGCUGUUGAUUGUGUUGUCAAUAAAGCACUUGAACUUGGAUUACUUCCUGAUGAUGAUAUUGACGAAGGCAAAGAAGCGAUUGAAUCUUCACUUAAGCAAAUCAUCAGUGGACCUAGUGAACAACAACAUAAUUUAUAUAUUUUAACAGCUUUAUCAGACUUACAUGACAUGUUCACGAAAGCCAAACAAAAAGCAUCAAAGGAACAAUCAAAUUCAGUCUCACAAUUACCAAAAAAAAUGCAAAUCAAAAUUGAUGAUAAAUGUGUUAAUUUUAUGAGUAAAAAAUAUCAAUUUUAUUUUAAAAAAUUAGAAUAUUAUUUAGCAUGGGUUAAUCAUUAUCCAAAUAAAAUGACAAAAAUAAUUAUUGAAUAAACUAUAUUCAGACCAUCAAUUGUAAAAUGAAAAUAAAUAAAAUACAAGAUAAAUAUUCAAGAAA